AUGUUCGUGUCACAGCAGAUAACCUCUGUGCCGCAGGUGCAUCCUUGCACCCCCAUGCUGCGGGAUACCCCGCACCUGAGAUCAUCGCGGGACCCUGUGCUGAGUGUUCGCCCCUACAAACCGACGCACGAGCUCACCAGGGCCCUGUACAUACCACGCCACCAUUCGGGAACCGCGCACCUACCAUUAUACGAUGUGGCAGACCAAUAUGAGACGGCCGUCGAAGGCAGCGAGUUCGGCAGCAACCUCUACUCCAUGCAACUGAGUCAGAUUGCGAAACCGCGCGGAGACGGCAUGGACGUCGCGGUCGACUAUCUGGUCGAUAUGGACACGGUGCCUGAUUUCCAGAACAACUACCAGUUGAACGUGCAGCGACGGACUUUGUCCCUCAUCCCUUCGCCUCCAGAAGGUGAAUGCGCCCUGGUCACUGCUUCUACGAAUCCCUUUGAUGACAGUGGUGGCCGGUCGAUCGCCAUGACGGCAUCCUAUCCGCUCAGCCCGAGCAUCAGAGGGGAAUACCUCAUUCCGCACCCGUACUUCACUUUCCGACUGCCGGGAGGCCCAAAUCAAGCAGAGAGACUGGUGCAGUGGCAGGUCCAUCCUGCGCCAAACAAUCUGUUUCGCUACACGUUGGUCGAUCUAGGGCCUGUAUGUGACGAUCAAGUUAUAUCAAGUGAUCCAGCUGCUCCACAGGUCCUCGCGAUCUACGACCAUGUAGGUAUUGUCGUGUGGCUGCCGACAGAUUACAGCGAAGGAAUUCUGCUGGUGCAAGAGGGCGGGAAUCAUGUGCAAGAGGCGACGAUUGUGGCGAGUCUGUUGGCGGUGCUGUGGCAGAUCAGGGAGAUCAAGCAGAUGCAGCCUAAACGGCGGAGGAGGAGCUCGGGGUCAUCGAAAUUGCUAAAGAAGGUGGCGUCGUUGGUGCGGCAUUAG